AUGGACAGCAACGGCCCCGGCUCCCCCCGUGCAAUCGCCAACUUCAUCAUCACCAAACUCACCGACGCUACGAUCUACGUCCAAGAUCUUAUCGAGGCGAAGGCUGAAGCUGAGAGGCGCCGUGUCCAAGAGGAGAACGACGCGGCGCGCAGGCGCGUUAUGGAGUAUGGGGAUGCGGAUGAGUCGUUGAUGGGGGAUCGGGAGGCGGAAGAGGGGAGGAGGAGGACGUAG